CAAAGACUUUCUCUCAGCAGCUUAUCCGCCUGCUCCUGCUCUGCGCCAAUGGCUAAAGGUGCCUUUCCACGCAAGCCCUGGGGUGCAGAGCAGAUGCAUUUCGACUCUGAUCCUGAGUCCGAGGACCUGUUCGAUAAGCCGCCCCCGGAGGAGGGCCACACUGCCCGGGUACCCAAGUCAGCUAGCAGGAAAUCUGGUCGGCGCGCGGGCGGUAGGGCUCCCCGCGCUGGGCUGUCCCGAAAGGCUGUCGUGCGCCCAGAGCCCAAGGAAGAGGAGCCUCCGAUGGACGAGGGCUGCUACCUUGACCACUUCCCGCACCUCUCCAUCUUCAUCUACGCGGCCAUCGCCUUCUCCAUCACCUCCUGCAUCUUCACCUAUAUCCAUUUGCAGCUUGCCUAAUUGGCUAGCCGACGGGGUGGGACAGGGCGGGCAGAGUC